GCAGUGGGGUCCCUACACCAGAGAGGCGUUAGCACUGUCCAAGAGGUGUGCGUAUACUAACAGGUUGCACCGCUGCUUAUAUCCGUUUCAAACUUUCAGCUUCACACUAGUUCAGUUUUUGCCGCCUUAUGCAGGAUGUCUGACUUGAAGGAUGCAAUCGACCGACAAAAUGCUAUCUUUGAGAAGCACUUUGCCGCCAACGACAUGGAGUCCCUGAAGGGCCUGUAUACGGAAGACUGCCGGCUCAUGCCACAGGGUGCAGACACCAUGGUCGGCAACAACGUUAUCCCACAGGUGAUGGGUGGUAUGAUCUCUGCUGGUGCCACGUCUGUCAGUCUAGUGGCCGAUGAGGUUGGUCCGCUAGGAGCCUCGGCCGUCGGCAUCGGUGACCUGGUCUACGAGAGAGGCCACUACAAAUUCAGCAAGGCUGAUGGCUCCGCUGUUGCAGCGGGCAAAUACGUAGUCAUCUGGAAAAAGACCGAGGAGGGCUUCAAGUUGUACAUCGACAUCUUCAACGACAAUUGAACUGUCGAACGAACAUCUGCUAUAAUUAAGCGUGUACUUUCGAUUGAGCAUCGACAUCUGUUCGACAAGUAAAUGCGCUUUUGAACGAAUAUCGACAUCUGUAACGUCAACAAAUCACACUUUCGAAUGAACAUCGACAUAAGUGCUACGUCAAUUAAACACCAUUUCGUACGCUUGAUAUUUUCAAAAGAGCUUUUAUUUUGCUAUCGAUAGAGUCAGACAAUCAAUCAAAUCCAGAAAACAUUAUUUUCUCAUUAUCAAGUUAUUGUUUAUAAUUUAAAGGAAAUCAGGUUGCUCAAAUCAAAUUCUGUCUACCAAGAAGGAAUGAAUUUUAUUGACAUACAUUUGCAAAUUCGUUUAGGCACUUUUUUGUUUAUGGUUUUAUUUAACACGAAAAUCGAGUGCAGAAUAGGGUUACAUUUCCCCAAUUGCUCAGAAACAUGGCCAUUAUUUCCAGUAUGGAAGAUACCCUCACGUUGUAUUUUGUAAGUGCUAAAAUUCUGAGAAAAUACUAAGCUUUCAAACGGUAUUCUACGCUGAAGCAAUUCUUCUAGGACCACGUCUGCUAAAAGAAAGGUAAAUGCGCUGUCUUUUUUUCCCAGAAGAAUUGAAAUAUUGGUAUUUACAUGUUCUGCCUUAAGUCUACACACGCCCCAGAGGCGUUACUAUUCCUAACGAUCGGACACUAGACAAUUCAGUUGUUGGAUCAUUACGCCGGAUUACAUGCACAGCCUUGUGGUGUUUGGAUUAUGGUAAUGCUUGUCAUUUCUUGUAAUUUUCAUUUUUCGGCUUCUAGGUCCCCGAACACUUAAGAGGUAUUAAUACCAAUCUGUGAAUCAUAUUGCUGCCAAGGGACAUAAUUAAUGCAAAGAUGCUUGUAUUUGUUUUUUUUUUAUCUUCCUUGUGUUACUUAAUUCUGAAAACGUUUAUUAUUCUGUUGGCAGAACUUACUUGAGAAAACAUACUGAUACCCACUACGUUGAGGCUGAUAUUUUAGAUGUGGGUGCUCCCUGACGGGACAAUUAUGAAGGAAAAGCGGUCAAAGUUGGCACAAAUUUGUCUCAUCACAUGAUCAACCCGAAAGAAUGAGCCAUUUGCGAGUUAAAGUUGAAUAAAAUAUGGUAAACUGUGUCAUCUGAUUGGAUAAAAACGUAACAAUUUGAAUUCCCCAAACUAAAGACACGGUUGCUAUACCUCGUGGUUCGGGGCAAGUUUUUGCUU